UGUGUCCCCGGAUGCCAGACACCUGAGCAGCUCCAGCGUCAGGCCGCGCCGCCCGACCUGAUCCAUGCUGAGAUCUUUGGUUUUGCCAAUAAUUACUGGGAAUUAAGACGGUGCCGACCAAAACUACAGAAACUGAGGAGACUUCUGAUGGAAAACACCUAUGAAGGGCCUGACAGCCCAAAAGAGGUGGAUUCGAGUCACCAGCUUGUGGAUUCGGAAUCCUGGUCUUUUGGCAAAGUCCCAUUGAAUGUUUGCCUGCAGGAACUGGGUCCGCUGGAGCCAGAGGAGAUGAUAGAGCACUGUCUUAAGUGUUAUGGACGGAAAUAUAUAGAUGAAGGGGAAGUUUAUUUUGAGCUGAGCCCUGAUAAGAUUUGCCGUGCCACUGCCCAGAUGCUGCUGCAGAAUGCAGUGAAGUUCAAUCUGGCUGAGUUCCAGGCAGUGUGGCAGCAGAGUGUCCCUGAAGGGAUGGUGACCAGUCUGGACCAGCUCAAGGGGUUAGCGCUGGUGGACAGACACUCAAGGCCAGAAAUCAUAUUUUUGCUGAAGGUGGAUGAUUUACCUGAGGGAAAUCAGGAACGUUUUAAUGCUCUGUUCUCCCUAAGGGAGAAGUGGACAGAAGAAGACAUUGCUCCCUACAUCCAAGACCUAUGUGGAGAGAAGCAGACGAUAGGUGCCUUGCUCACUAAAUAUUCACGCUCCUCUGUGCAAAAUGGGGUGAGAGUGUACAACUCCCGCAGACCUGUUUCUUAGCACAAAGUCCUCUUUGGGACCCACUGCUUUAGGAAGUGUUGGACGUAGACUCCGACUCUCUUGUGUACUUUUACUCCCGACCGCGAAGCCCCAUUCCACGAAGGCCUCCGCUUCCUCUGCUCCUCCGGUGCCACAGGACCCUGGCGCAUCCUGCACAUCUGCCCUGUGGGAACAAGGCACAAUAAAGCG